AUGCCUGCCCUAUCAAGAACAGGCAUCGUUUUAAUCGACCCUUACAACGACUUCCUUCAUUCAGAUGGGAAACUCACCUCGGCUCUCAAAGACCUUGAUGAGAAAAACACCAUCAGUCACCUGAAAGAGGUAGUUGAAAAUGCACGUCUCCACAGUGUUCCUAUCUACUAUGGUUUUCAUCAGCAGUGGACACCAGACCACUACAACGGAUGGAAGUAUAUGACUCCGAACCAUGUCUUCCAGCAAGAAAGCCCAGACCCAAAGAAUGGUGAUGUGGUUGUGAGCCGCCACUGGUGCAGCGAUUCGUUUUCGAAUACCAACCUAGACUUUCAGUCGCGACAGCGUGAGAUUAAGAGAUUGGUUUUUGUGGGGUUGACUGCCAACACUUGUCUCAAGUCUACUACGCGCCAUGCCUACGACUUGGGCUACCAGAUGACAAUGCUGAAAGACGCUACUGCUUGGUGGUCGAAAGAGCUUACAGAUGUGGCGACGGAGUUUGGCCAUUGUUUGCCCAGGUCAUGA